UCGAAAUCAGGAAAAAGAACAGCUUUCGAAGAAAACGCCAGGCCAGCGCGUACAAAUGGAGUCAGAAACGGCUUCGUCGGCAAAUGAACACCAAGCGGCUGGUUCAGUAGCUGAUACCAGAAGCAAGCAUCGGAUUCUUGCUGAACUCAAGCGUGUCGAACAAGAAUCCAGGUUCCUCGAGGAAGAGAUGGAAGAGCUUGAGAAAACAGAUAAUGUGUCAACACUGUGUGAGGAGUUGCUGCUAAGCAUGGAGACAAUACCUGAUCCACUACUUCCAUUAACAAAUGGUCCUAUAAACCCAUCAUGGGAUAGAUGGUUUGAAGGGCUUCAAGACUCGCAAGGUUGCGGAUGCCAGAUUCUCUGAUUUGUUGCCAAGAUAUGUUAUAUAAUAUACAUGUUAACAUGUUAAAGCUCAAUUGUUAUCUUAAUAAAUAUUGAAUUGACUCUUUCCACAGUGUGCAAUACCAAAAUUUUUUUAUGGCUUUAAUUGAAUGUAUAAUUCACCUUUAUGUUCGGAUGAAAUUUGUAUAUCAGAUACAUCUACUGCAGAUAUUAGCUUCCAAACAAUCAUGCUUGUGUUUGUUUUUCCCUUCUAUUUUCAUUUUGGGUGUAGUCCCUCCCCGAAGUAUGGAUGUAAAUAAAUGC